GGUGUCGGUUGCAAUGCUCCUUGGGGUGUCCCAUUUGAUGAUAAGAUUUGUGAAGGCCUCAACUGUAAGUCGGGUGGUAUUACCGUGAAUGCCUCAAUGCCUGCAUCAGUAGGUCGCCUCUUCCUCUUCGUCGUUUUUUUUGGUGAUGCUAUUUUGGGAGUUUUUGAUGAUAAUAGUGAUGGUGAUAGAGAUUGGUGGAAGUUUUUGAGUUGUUUUGAUGAUGAUGAUGAUGAGAUUUGGAUUUUUGAUGGUAAUGGUAGUUUGGAUGGUGGAGGUUUUGGUGAAGAUGGUUUGAUGUUGAGGUGGUUUUGA